AUAAGACACUAGGUAAGAGAUGGAAACAAAGCAGACUAUGUCUUUGGCAUUCCGAUGUCCUUUACCAUUUUUUAUCUCAGAUAUGGAAUAUAAGUAAACACUGCUGGUGUAUCACCUUUUAUGAUCCAGUCUUCUGUACCUCUAAUAGCCAUUUUUUUUAAGGAAGGAGAAAUAAAAAAUUUGAAUGAUAAUGCUUAGAGGAUUCUGCAGCAAUUCUUGGUAUUGGACAUAUUCAAAAUCCCUUCAACUUUUGCUCUCCUGCUUCACUGCCUUCCAGCUUUAACUCAUUUUUGAUCCCUUCAAAUAUUUUACAUGAUUUGCAAUGGUUACAUGAACUUUUGGGAAGUGGUAUUUGCACCAUCUCAUACCUUAUUUACUAUGGCAAUUUAAGGAAAAGAAGUUGGAAAAAGUUUCCAAAGCAUUAUUUUAAAAAAUGAAUCUCAUUGUGAAGCUUCGGAGAAGUUUUCGAACACUGAUUGUUCUCUUAGCUACCUUCUGCUUGGUGAGCAUUGUCAUUUCUGCCUAUUUCCUCUACUCUGGCUACAAGCAGGAAAUGGCCCUUAUUGAAACCACUGCAGAAGCAGAAUGUGCUGACAUCAAAAUUCUACCUUAUCGGUCAAUGGAGCUGAAAACAGUGAAACCUAUCGAUACAUCCAAAACUGACCCUACCAUCCUCCUCUUUGUGGAGAGCCAGUACUCUCAACUCGGUCAAGAUAUCAUAGCUAUCUUGGAGUCCAGCCGAUUUCAGUACCACAUGGUCAUUGCCCCUGGCAAGGGAGAUAUACCUCCCCUUACAGACAGUGGCAAAGGGAAGUACACAUUAGUUAUUUAUGAAAAUAUCCUGAAGUAUGUUAGCAUGGACUCAUGGAACCGAGAGCUUUUAGAAAAAUACUGUGUGGAAUACAGUGUUAGUAUAAUCGGUUUUCAUAAAGCCAAUGAGAACAUCUUGCCAAGUACACAAUUGAAAGGCUUUCCACUAAACCUCUUCAAUAAUCUAGCUCUGAAGGACUGUUUUGUCAAUCCUCAGUCUCCUUUGCUGCAUAUUACCAAAGCCCCCAAGGUUGGGAAAGGUCCUCUUCCUGGGGAAGACUGGACUGUUUUCCAAUAUAAUCAUUCAACCUACCAGCCUGUCCUUUUAACUGAAUUACAGACGGAAAAAUCCCCAUCACCCUUGUCUAGCAAAAUACUCUAUGCGACUGUAAUUCAGGACCUAGGUCUUCAUGAUGGAAUUCAGCGAGUUCUUUUUGGCAACAAUUUGAACUUUUGGUUACACAAGCUCAUCUUCAUAGAUGCCAUCUCCUUCUUGUCAGGGAAGAGGCUGACAUUGUCCUUGGAUAGGUACAUCCUUGUGGACAUUGAUGACAUCUUUGUUGGGAAGGAGGGAACAAGGAUGAAUGUCAAAGAUGUAAAGGCAUUACUAGAGACUCAAAAUUUACUGCGCACUCAGGUUGCAAAUUUUACCUUCAACCUUGGAUUUUCAGGGAAGUUUUACCAUACAGGAACUGAAGAGGAAGAUGAAGGAGAUGAUCUUCUGCUGAGGUCUGUGGAUGAGUUCUGGUGGUUUCCACACAUGUGGAGCCACAUGCAGCCACACCUCUUCCACAAUGAGUCAUCUUUAGUUGAGCAAAUGAUUCUCAAUAAGGAAUUUGCACUGGAACAUGGCAUACCGAUCAACAUGGGUUAUGCUGUGGCCCCACAUCACUCAGGGGUCUACCCAGUUCAUAUUCAGCUAUAUACGGCUUGGAAGAAGGUCUGGGGUAUUCAGGUCACCAGCACUGAAGAAUAUCCACAUUUGAAACCUGCACGGUACAGAAAGGGCUUCAUUCACAAUAGCAUCAUGGUUCUCCCUCGACAGACCUGUGGGUUAUUCACCCACACUAUUUUCUACAAAGAAUAUCCAGGAGGACCCCAAGAAUUGGAUAAAAGUAUCAGAGGAGGUGAACUUUUCCUCACAAUCCUUCUAAAUCCGAUCAGUAUUUUCAUGACCCAUUUAUCUAACUAUGGAAAUGAUCGUCUGGGGUUGUAUACCUUUGUGAACUUGGCCAACUUCGUGCACAGCUGGACCAACCUGAAGCUGCAAACUCUGCCUCCAGUGCAACUGGCUCACAAGUACUUUGAGCUCUUUCCUGAGCAAAAAGACCCUCUCUGGCAGAAUCCAUGUGAUGAUAAACGACAUAAGGACAUCUGGUCUAGGGAGAAAACUUGUGACCACUUACCAAAAUUCCUUGUGAUUGGGCCUCAAAAAACAGGAACAACUGCACUUUAUUUAUUUCUUCUUAUGCACCCUUCUAUCAUCAGCAAUCUCCCUAGCCCCAAAACAUUUGAAGAAGUUCAAUUUUUUAAUGGAAACAAUUAUCACAAGGGAAUUGACUGGUAUAUGGACUUUUUUCCUACUCCAUCUAACAUUACAAGUGAUUUUCUAUUUGAAAAGAGUGCUAAUUAUUUCCAUUCAGAAGAUGCUCCCAAGCGAGCUGCAUCUCUAGUCCCCAAAGCCAAGAUCAUCACAAUCCUCAUCGACCCUUCAGACAGGGCAUACUCUUGGUACCAGCACCAACGAUCACAUGAAGAUCCAGCUGCCCUGAGAUUUAAUUUCUAUGAAGUUAUUACAACAGGAUAUUGGGCCCCAUCUGACUUAAAAACUUUGCAGAGGAGAUGCCUAGUACCUGGAUGGUAUGCUGUCCACAUAGAAAGAUGGCUAACUUACUUUGCAACUUCUCAGUUGCUAAUUAUUGAUGGACAGCAGCUGAGAUCUGACCCAGCUACUGUGAUGGAUGAAGUCCAGAAGUUUCUGGGAGUUACACCUCAUUACAAUUACUCUGAAGCACUAACGUUUGAUCCCCAGAAGGGCUUUUGGUGUCAACUACUGGAAGGAGGAAAGACCAAAUGCCUUGGAAAAAGCAAAGGCCGAAAAUAUCCACCCAUGGAUCCAGAGUCUAGAACUUUCCUCUCUAAUUACUACCGAGAUCAUAAUGUGGAACUGUCCAAAUUGCUACAUAGACUGGGGCAGCCUCUGCCAUCGUGGCUAAGACAGGAGCUACAGAAAGUGAGAUAGCACUGGAGACAAGAAUCAUGCCUCUCAAGAUAUUUACUUUACUAUUAAGUAGAAAAAACAAGCCCCACAACUUUUACCCCUUGUUGCAUUUGUGAUUGUCAACAGAGGACUAUAUGAAUAAAUUUCCUUCGAUCUUUUUCAUAAAAUGAAAACUGUUAUAUAUGCACGUAUUGGCAGUUACUAGCACCAAUCCCUAUGUAAGCUCUUCAGAAAAAAAAUUGUGGGGUUUUGUAGUAUUACCAGUUUCUAGUGUGGGGACUAUCAUACAGCUCAAUUCCUCUGUUAACUAAUUUUCAGAAACUGUGUAUGACUACUAAUGCUGAUUAUAUGCAAAGAACCUAUUAAAAUUUUGAGGAAAAGAUAAGGACUGAGGUGUUUGUAAAUUAGGUUAGUGGUAACCCAAUAGCUGAAUAAAGGGCUAACAUUUUCCCUUAAUUUACAAAUAAUUUGGGUUUUUUUAAAAAGAAAUUAUAAUAUCACACACAUUUAUUUUUGAAUAAUUUUCAUUUACUUUAUUUAGCCCACAUAUAUUUUUCUCUGUUUACUUCCCUUUAUGAAUUUCCUUGACUUCCUAAAGAAGUUGUGAAGUUGUACCCUGCCAUAUUUUUUGUGUCUUUUCAUCUUGUAAAAGGGGCCUAUUUGAAAAGUUCUGUAUUCACAGAUAUCACUGGUUCGUCAACCAGGAGAGACCAUUCUCAGUGAACCUGACAUUGUGGUUCCACUAAAAUCUAUUGGAGAGUUUCAGGGGGGAAUUAAAAAAGGGCGCGGGGGUAACUGUAUAACAUCACUAUUAUGUGAAAGGCCAUCUUGAAAUGGGUCCAGAAAUCUUAGCCUACAGCAUAUUAAUCCAUAUAAUUUCACUUUGACAAUGAUGAAGUAGUUAUAUAUAUUUUUUCACUAUAGAAGAAAAAAUUUUAUUGAUAAUUCUGGAAUGAAAACACCAAGUUGUAUUUGCAGGUAUAGUGAGGCAUUGUGCCUUCUAUAUAGUAUAUGUCAAUCUUUUUAAAGCAUGAAUUUUUCUUAUAUGCCAGUAUAUCUACAAUUGUAGAAGAUUAUGUUUUUAAUGUCUAUUUUAAGAAAGAAAUAUAGUCUAAAACUUACCUCUUCAAGCAUCACUAAUUCUCUAACUUGAACCUAAUUACUCAGUCAUGUCACCCAAAAAUCAAUUUCUAGAAAAGAGGUAAUCUUUCUGUCUUGGAAUUAUAAGGUCCUAUCAUAUUUGGAGGUUAUUAUCAUGCUAGUGGGAUUUUUAUCCCAUUUGUCAAUGAUGAUAUAUUAAGGCUUGGUUAAUCUUUUCCAUGAUACAUGAAGGCAAAAUUUCAACAGAACAGUAAAUCAUACUGACUCUGGUAAUAUUACCCAUCAAUCCAUCCUUCCCCCAGAGUAAUUUUUCAAAGACUGUAAAUAAUACUAAUUUUCCCUAUAAUUUGAGAAAUUAUAUUUGCACUAAUUCAGUAGCAAAAUGAAGGUCUAUGUCUUUGUUUUUCUGUAUUUUGUUUGUUUUAUUUUAAGCAAGCAAAUCAAAUUUGGGCAUUUUAAAAGAGAAUCAGGGUUUUUACAUAUUUUAUUUCAGAAUCCAACUUUGUGUUUAUGUUUCAUUAUGAUUUUUAUCUGUUUUCUUUAGCAAAGAAAGUUCUUGAUCUUUUUUUAUUCAGAAAAAUGUAAGAUUUUUUUUUCAUAGGUACAAGUUGAUAUAAAUGUCAGUGACUUUGGUGGUUCCACUGUUAGAUGAGCAGCUCCAACUCACCUUGUUACUUAGGCAGGUCUGUGCUUCACAGCAUCCUUUAAGAACACUUAAAUAAGAGUAAUUGGGUAUUUCUGACUUUCAAUUAUUUGUAUACUAGCCUCCUCUUGUGUAUAUUCUAAUUCUUUCUUAAGAUUAACUCUUUUUUUGCCCAGUAGAAUAAAAGAGAUAGUGAUAGGAUGGAGGGCAUAUAUUUUUCAAGUGAAAUUGACAAACCUCAGGAUACUCUAGCACAUCAUCAGAUUUUUUAAAAAUGUAGCCCAUUUUCUGAAUUUUCUCCUUGUUUUCUAAAUAAUGCAUACAAUUUAAUUUAUCUAGUUACAAAUAUCUGAAAGCAAAAAUUUCCCAAAUGUGACUGUCCUCUUCUCUCCUGGUUAUUUCAAUCAGUGUGUACAUUUUUCUUAUUAAGUUUGAUAACGAAGACAACAAAAUAUAUUUCAAUUACAUAAUUCAUCUGCGUCUGACAAUAAACUACUUGGGACUCUGGAUUAUAAGAUUUUGUACCACAGUAAAUCAGGAAAAUCUGUAUCUUGUGCUUGGCACAGGGGAACACACCUAUUUUAAGAAAGAAAAGUCUAAAGCUUAUGUCUUCAAACGUCACUAAUUCUCUAACUUGAACCCAAUUACUCAGUCAUAUCACCCAAAAAUCAAUUUCUAGAGAAGAGGUAAUCUUUCUGUCUUGAAUUAUAAGGUCCUAUCAUAUUUGGAGGUUAUUAACAUGCUAGUAGAUAUUACAUCGUGGUAGUAGACCUGUUUCAACUAUUCACUCUGGAGGUUGAGACAGGAGGAUCCCUUGUCCUGAGGAGUUUGAGGCCAGCCUGGGUAACAUAGUGAGUCCCCAUCUCAACAAUAACAACAAUAACAAAAGGAUAUCCUUAUUGAUAUCCAGAAUAAUUGAUUCAAUAUUUAAUAUAUGUAAUUCUUUAAAAAUUUAAAUUAAAUUCUAUUUCCUGGUUGUAAAUGAAGUAAUU